AUGGCAGGGAUGAUUUUCGAGAUUUUGCAGAGCUAUGCUUCAAAGAAUUUGCCAUAUUCAUACAGCUCCCAAGGUUAUGACACCGGCGCCUUUGCUCCUGGAUGGUGUUCUGCUUGGAUGUCCAACGGUUGCCCCACUGGCAACUCCGGCACCGAGCCUUAUGUGGUUACCCACCACCUGCUCCUUGGCCACGCAGCAAUUGUGAAAUUGUACAAGGAGAAAUACCAGGCAUCUCAAAAGGGGCAGAUAGGGAUAGUUCUCGUCAGUCAUUGGAUGGUGCCCUACUCCAGUAGUAAACAGAAUCAUAAAGCAGCUGAACGAGCCCUCGAUUUUAUGCUUGGAUGGUGA